AUGGAUCCGGAGGCUUUCCUCGACAUCGCCAACCAGGUGGUCAAGCUCAAGAUGUUUCCCUAUUUCGACAUUGCGCACUGCACCUUGUGCGCCCUGUCCGUAAGGGAAGACCUGGGAAGCGGCGCUCAAACAUUUUCACGUAAACACCCCUUAGCAUGUUGGUUGUCGUAUAUGUUGGUGGUGUUUGCUGGUGGUAUGGUAGCAAAUGGACUCCUCGCAGAACCGAUCUUAGCACCGCUCAAAAACACACCUCAGUUAGUAGUCGCCACAUUAGUUUGGUAUGUAAUUUUUUACACGCCAAUUGACUUGGGAUACAAACUAGCCAAGUUUCUUCCAAUCAAAGUAGUUUUCUCAGCGAUGAAAGAAAUUUAUAGAUGUAAAAAAGUGUACGACGGUGUAACUCAUGCUGCCAAAUUGUACCCAAAUGGAUACCUCAUAAUGAUAAUUAUUGGAACCUUAAAAGGAAAUGGUGCUGGAUUUACCAGGUUAUUAGAAAGACUUAUCAGAGGCGUAUGGACACCAACUGCCAUGGAAUUUAUGCAGCCGAGUUUCUACACGAAAGCUUCACUUGUGGCUUCCCUCAUCUUUAUUUUAGACAGGAAGACCGAGCUGAUUUCGGCACCACACGCUUUAGUCUAUUUCGGAAUUGUGAUCUUCUUUGUGUACUUCAAAUUAUCUUCCAUACUUUUGGGAAUACACGAUCCGUUCGUUCCAUUUGAAAACUUAAUGUGUGCAUUAUUCUUUGGAGGCAUUUGGGAUAGUUUGGCAAAGAUUUUGGGCAGGGGACAACCCAAAGAAGGAGAAGUUAAAGAUGCAAAGAAAACGAAUUGAACUGAUUUUCUUUUAAGUUUUAAGAAAAGGAUAAAUUUGAUUAGGUGCGGAAGAUCAAAUUUAUCUUUUCAUUGUUUGUCUGUUUUCGGUUAAGACUUACAAGAUAAAAUCCUUCAUUGGAAAGAGAUGUAGGGUUUUAUGUUAACAGCAAUAAUUACGUAUGUACCAAGAUAUUUUUAUUUGUAUUUAAUAAACUAUUUCUCUUCA